UUCGUCUCAAAAAGUACUAGAAACUUGAAGAAAAAUAAAAUCAAUUCAAUCAAGAUUGAAGAAGAUAAAAUAGUAUCAUGUCCCAAAGGAUCAAGACCAAUUACACCGGCACAAAAAAAAAAUUUGGACUGCCAUGUGGGAAAAGUCCAUCUUUAAUAGUAAUGGGAAGGUCGGAACUGGAGAGAGUUAAUAUAUUGAAUCAGACAUAUGUCACCGACCUGGAUAAGACGGGAACUCCUUUCACUAUAAAACUUCGGUUAAACUUCUCGAAAGACUCUGAAGCUAGAAUCAGCAAUCAAACAGAACGUCAGUUCAUUUAAAGUCGCUGCCCGUUAUCUUUGUAUUUAGGAUCCGAAUAGGAUUACUUCUGUCCUCAAACGGAAUAACUGCGACAGUUCAGCAGAAUAUUAAUUUUGUUGAACAAGAAAACAAUGUAAACGAAGGACAUAAUUUGUAAAAAAAUUGUAAAUCCUAACGUGUUUAAAAUGAGGACUAUGAAUGUGCUUCUUAUUGUUUUUCUCUAUUUAAAAUGUACUGCAUGUUUAAUUAUACCAGAGGAGGUUCCUACAAUACUCUCUCUAAUUUAUUCCAAUAUUCCACCAAUUAAAAAAGGAACUGAUUCUAGAUUUGGUGUUGGCUUUAGUUUAGGAGAACAUGCUGAUUUUCAAGUUAUUCUAGAACUGGGUCCACAAUCGGAAACAGAACCUAUCGGAAAUCCUGAAGAAUCGAAAAGAAGAAGAGAUAUAAUUUUAAAUGCUGCAAUGAAUGGAGACAUGGGUCCAUGGGCGCAAAGUAUUGCUGAGUAUCAGAUACAACGUAAAUCAGGAAAAGUUGUACCUACACUUGUGAAUAACAAUAAAAAUUAUGAGAACGUCAAAAGAAUUCACAAUGCCUCCAAAGGAAAAGGACCAAUUAGAAUCAAAGUUAUAGAAGAAAAGGAAAAACUCUCGAAAGAACCAAAAAAAUUUAAUUCUGGAAUAAAUGUGGUAAAUGUCCCAGGGGCACAACCACAGUCUGUCAGCAAUUCAGAUCCAGAAAUAUAUAUUAAUAAGUUAAAGACUUUAUACGAUUCACAGAAAGCUCAAAAAGAUAAAGUCUAAGAGAUAAAUUUUAAGUAUUUAAUAAAAUGCAAAGAGCAAC